CCCGCCUACCACCCCCACAGCCAGGAGGCGACGGCGGUGGCGGCGGUGGCGGCUACGCGGAUUCAGCGCUUUUGUUGUUGUUGUCGUCGUCGUCUCUUGAUGCCUCCGUGUUGGAGAUAGCCGUCAAAAACAACAAGCAACCGUGAGCCGCGUCUCGCGACCCAUACCUCGAGCUGUGCAACCUCCCACCUGGACCCCCUCCCGUUCCACACACCACCACACAACACCAGACACCACCACAACGUUGAAAGCGGCCAGAGCGACAUUCAGUGACUAACAGUGGCGCACGUUGAUAAAUAAUUAACCCGCAACUUGAAUCGCUGGAAGAAGAGGAAGAAGAAGAAUAAGAAAAUAAAACAUCAACAUCGGCGCAACAAUGCGUUUACUUCACCUGUCAUAAAAUCGGCGUAACGAAAACAAAAAAGAGAGGGGGGUAGGGGGGGGGUUGGGUAGCGUUCCCACCGUGUGCUGUGAUUAUUCCGUGUAGGAAGUAUCAUCAUCAUCAUCAUUGUGUAUUUAACAUCGUGAAUGGCGUACGUGCUGGUGGCCGACGCGGGCCCUCUGGCCUCCCCGCUGCUGCGGGCCUGUGCCCAGGGCGACGCGGCGGCCGCUCGCCGCAUGCUCGAGAGCGGCUCGGACCCGUGCGCCCCCGACGCCCGCGGCCGCACUCCGCUGCACCUCGCGGCCGCCCGGGGCCACCUGCCCGUGUGCCGCCUCCUGCUGCGGCACGGGGUCGACCUGGCGGCCACCGACGCGCAGGGCAACACGGCGCUGCACCUGUGCGGACACGGGGACACCGUGCGCUUCCUCGUGGCCAGCGGGCUCAGGCCGGACCUCGGCAACCACCAGGGUGCCACCCCACUGGUCCUGGCUCGGAGACGUGGAGUGUGCAAAGAGGUGCUCCGUCUCUUGGAGUCUCUGGAGGAGCAAGAGGGGAAGGGCCUAGCUGCUGGCACGCCACCCACCAUGGGGAGCAUGGGAGCCAUUUCACUGGCCGAGAACGAAGGGGUAAUGGAGAGCCUGCUGAACCCAGGCGUUCUACGCGAGGAAGGAGUGCUGUCCAGCGUGCGCUCCACCUGGCGUGAAGUCGUGGCUGACCUCGGCCUUGGCAAAGUCCUGAUGCUUAUCCUGGCCAUUGCCCUGCUAUCACUUGGCGUCGCCUACUACGUGAGCUCUGUGCUGCCGUACAACGUGGGCCACGAGAUCCUGCACUAACCAAGCUCGCUGCCAUUCUGAGUAUUCAUUUUGACGUCCAAGCCUGAGAGAGCCAUUGAGGCAUUCUGCAAGGACUCAUUAAAACAAAACAAACACCCUGACGAGACGUUGUUUAAGCCAAACCUUGUUUGAAAAUGUUUUCCUUAAAUUUUGUUCAUAAAUGUACAUUGGGUUCUAAAUGGCACUGUGGUCCAACCAAUGAGAAGAAAUUGUUUAUUUUGAGAAAAAUAAAUUAAGUUAGUUCUUUGCAGGCCUUAUUCUAUAACCAUCAGAAGGCACUGAACUAUACUAAAAUGUGGUCCAGAAUAUUAGUUACAUCUAAUGGUAUCAUGGAAGUAGUAAAUGGCUUCGUGGGUUAAACCCCUGCAUGGUUAUUAUUUUUCCAAGUGUCACUGUGUCCCAAAUGUAUGUUCCCAUCAAGGGAAGAAUAAUAUAAACUCGCUGUGAGGUAGUAAUUUCACAGCACAGAAGUUGACCAUAUAAUGCGGUGAUAUAACACUUGUUCAAUUUCAUCAUGAGACACUUUCCAAAUGGUGAGCAGAAGGUAUGAAGCUAAUGCAGCAGUGUUCUCAACCACAUUUCGAAAUGCGAUCAUUAUAAAAAUGCAGCAUUGCAAAUUUGGUUGGAGUAUGACAUAAUUGAUCUCAUAAAUAAAAGAAAAUUCACUGAAUACAAGGAGCCACUGCCAGGUGGAAGAAUCGCUUUGGGAAAUGUCAUAAUUUACGCAACUAUCUUCUGAACUUAUUUUUAAAAUAUGAAAUGAGGUAGGCUAUGGCCUCAACUGCCUUACACCAUUUUUUUUUUACAAUGCACCAUGACAAAUGUGAACAUACAGAAUUCCUGUCUCCCAGAAACGUCGACAAGGCUGCCAUGUUUUUUUCCUGCAGAAAACGAGAUGGCUCGAGUUUGAAAUGUUUUCAAGCCAUAAGUACUUGAAAUUCCUUUCCACUGUACAAUUUAAUCUGGCGGGCGUUGAGUUUAUCCCAAUAAAUCACUGUAAAGGUUGUCAACGUCAAGUUGAUGCCCUCCGAAUAAGUGAAAAAAAUACAAUAAGCCCAAGAAGUAAAUCUUUUAUCCUCGUAAUAUGUUGGGCUGUAGCACAAAAAAUGUGCUUAAAGACAUCAUGCAAGUCAACUCACAUCAACAAGGUUGACUAAUGGCGAGCAUUUGUAGGCGGUGGCACUGAGGCAGACUUGAGAGUGGGCAGCUUUCGUGAUCAAGCUGUCGGUCUGCUUUUAGUGUGCGAGCACUUGAUGUAAUGUCAGGAGGUAUAAUUAAACAUUCCUGAGUAAGAAAGUGUUGGGAGGAUUUGUCAAACCUACGGCUACUGUGGAUAGAAUUUCCAAUUCCACGUGUACUUUGGAAAGUCAAGUGUUGCUACUUGUUUUUUUUUUGUACUUUGAAGUUUCCAUGAAAACUGAAAAAGAAUACAUUCAGUACCAUUUCAGGAAUUGUCACAUGGAGGCAUUGUGCCAGCUGUGUGUUCUUGUUAGUUUCUGCCAACAAUCAUGUGUUGCUAAACAGCAGAAUACAUGCCAAAAAACUGUGACUGCAGCAUGUUCUGAUGGUCAGCACUCAAACAGGGACACCAAAUCAUCGAUCAAAAUGAGGUUUGGUUACUAUCAUCGUUUCCGUCAAGAUUCUUUCAGAUUACGCUCAUGGGAAAGACUUGGAUAAAUCAGAAUGCUUACUAAUGGGACAUCUUAUGAUACUUCCUCUUGGCGACUGCUGUUUGCCAUCGAGAGAAUGUUAUUUGCUUUCCCGGCAGUGCACUUCGUUGCAAAUGAGAACACUGGAAAAAUCCAUUCACAUUCUUUAACCAUCCCUUUACAAGUCGGAUGAUUAAAUGUUUUGUGCCAUCUGCUUGGAACUAUUAUUUUGUGAUAAAUACUAAAACGUCUCAAAGCCGGACUAAUUAGGGGAGAGUAUUUUUCUGGUAAAGUCGGGAUUUCUAUUAUAAUGCCAAUAAUUUAUAUUUUUCAAUUUAACUACAUAUCAAUUUCAUUGAACCAUAAUUAACACCUAAUACAUUAAUGAACACUGAAGAACUAUUAAAAAUAUCAAAUGUGUGCGAUUUUAUGAGAAUUCCGAAAUCACUUGUGUACAGUUUAAAUCCAGUACACCAUCACCAUGAAACACAGGUGGAAAGGAUGAGGUCAAUUGGGGUGAGGGAAGGACUGAAGAGACCUUCUGAUGGACCGGUUUUACCACGUGGCCCGGUGAUGACAUUGUGCUCUGAAUUGUUUUACAUACAUUUUCUAAAAUAAAUGUUUAAUUAGUUAAACUUCAAUUUUUUAAGAAAUUAAAAUGUAUUUAAUUCAUGUAUGAGAAUAAUGUCCAACAGAGGGUAUUAAAUCGUCACCGGACGACAAUGUGGUAGACUGAGGCAUUGAUUGCAGAAUCCCAUAUCCUACCACGUGCACCCCAAUUAGCACGCAAAUAAUGUUCCAGUUGGAGGUUUUAGUUUCUUUAAUUUUAUUAUUUUAUUUAUUUUCAAGUAGCGACUUGGCUCAUGCUGAAUUCUGGCUGGCUUUGGGAGGUUUUGCUGUAAAUAUCACAAUGAUGACAUGACGGAUAGUGUUGCAAACAUUAGGUCGACAGUUACUAAACAAAGUCGUUUUUCUGCCUUAUUGUUUUGUGCCAGUAUUUUUAAGAAGAAUAUCUUAUACUUUUAUGCAAUUCUGGGUGAUUCAUUUACCUGCUUGUUCUUACAUCACUAAAUUGACAACACAUUAUUUUAAAUACAGUAAUAUAUUUAUCAUCUUAAUCAAUAAGUUAACUGAAAUUAGAUUUGCUAUGUUUUAGUUAUUCUUAUUUACUUGUUAUUGAACAAAGUUUGUUUUUAUUCACCGGAUAGUCAUUUGAAAUCUAUAUUUUUUAAUGAUUUUGGUUGGCAAAUUUUCUUUUUCAAAAAAUAUUCACAUGAAAAUAAAUAAUAAUUAAAUCUUAGCUUGGUAGUUUGUGCAUCAAUGUGCACAACUUGUAUUGCUUUUUAGUCUACUACUGUCAACUUAAAUAUUUAGUUUUGCACAUUUAAACUGGUACUGUAGCCACACUGUAUUAUGUUGCAUAUCUUAAUGCAUUAGCAGGGCUUGUAAAAUAUUGGUUUUCCCCAAAAUAAUUCGUCUUUGUUAAUGAAUGAAUAUGUAUAGGCGCGGAUUGUUAUUAUUCAUGUUCGCUAAUCCAAUGAAUUGUUUUUAUUUUUACAUUUUUAAUGUCCACCUAUAUAUUAUUUUGCUACAGAUGCUUCUGUAUUUCGCUCAUUCCCUACACAGCCAUUGACGACCUAAGUGGUUCAUUGUAAUUAUUUUCGUGGGUUUAUCAAGCACACGUGGGGGAAUGGGUUCAGUUGAUGAAAUUAUAAAAUACUAAAUUAUUGCACAACAGCCCAUUUUGUGCAACACCUUUUGGGAGGGUGUAAAGGACCAAAAGGGCCUUUUAGUAUUUGCUCGCGAAAAUGAUAAUGGAUGCCCCUGAAAGCACCACCAUCGUCAUAAUACAUGCACCUUGGGAAACAUUUGUAUUCCACCUCCUUGGGUUCCAAAACAACAAUUGAAUUAAAACAAUGGCAAUGCAAUAAAGCCAGACUUUAAUGUAAACAACUGGAAUAGCUACAUCUGAUUAAUUUGCAUCACUCGUGGACUGUAUACAUAAAUUUGGAUUUUUACUGUUCUUUACACAAUAGGCUUUUGUUCCAGUUUUUGGUUCUUUGUAUCCACACUGUUAUUUCUACAUGUAUGUAUGUUGAAGUUCCACCGGACGUAGCCUACCAUGCAAAUCGGAGUUGUGGGCGGACAACAAACUAAACACAAAAAAGCAGUUUUGAUGCAACAAAUUAUGUAAAUUGGAUGUUAGGUGUUUUAACAUUUUGCAGUUAAUGAGGCGGCACAGCAACCGAGAGGCAGUUGACAAAGGAGGGACGUAAUUCUUUCCCUUUGAAUAACUCCAGACCCCCCCCCCCCCCCCAUCGUGCACCCAAUGUGCAUGCUCCAUACACGAUGCACAUCGUGUGCACGUGUUGUGGAAGGGCACGGCAAGCCAGCUUGAGCCCCCUCGGUAUGUCCUUUAACACCCAUCUGGCUGUGCCACUUGUACAAUGCUAUUAAUGCUUAUAAUUAAAACAUUGUUGUCCUUGCUAUUUUAAUGAUUUGCCUCAUUGAGUAUUGUGGGUACCAUUGGGCUAUUUUUAUUUGAUUUCGAGGUUGCAUUUUCAUUUAAGAGAUGUUUUUAAAUGCUUUAUAAUGUUUGUAACGUUUUCAGUGUCUUGCAUUUCACCCUCCCCCUGCCAGAAGUUAUUUUCAAUUGAUGAUGACACCACAUCGUCGGGACAUUUUUUUAAAUUACAUUUUUUGAAUUGGAAGAAAUUUAUUUCAGUUAAAUCAUAGCUCGCACUUUUACUCGACAGCAGUGUAUGGACCAAAUGUUUUCUACUGGUCAAUGAGAUAAUUUUAUAUGGAUUUUUUGGGUAAUUCAGAAACAUUUUAGUGGCAAUGUUACGUGGGUUGAAAUGUAUUUUGUUUCCUUGGGGAAAAUGUAAUUGUAUUUUAUGGCUUUUGUGUGUUAGUCAUUUUUUUGGUUGUAAUGGGAAAAAAGAGAACUAUUCCAGCAUUAACUCCCCAAUGGCUUGAUCAUAUGCACCUUGUUCUAUUUUGGAAUACAGCCCAGACAACUGGAAUUGGUAUGCAGCUUCUCACAGACAGUGAUGGUGCGUACGUUUAAUGAUUCAGACUUUAAAACACUGCCCGUAAAAUGUUGGAAAAUUAAACCGUUGAAAGAUUUCUUUGAAAUGCUGAAAAGGGUUUGAGUUUUCAUUCACUGUGAUGUCCCAUCUAAGCCACAUGCAUAGUGAUAUGCCCACCUACAUAAUAAUUGCCAUACAUAUUUGGAAGGCAAUGGGCGAAUAGUGCCAGCAUAUAUCAAUAGUGGACUGUUGCGACAGACAGCGUAAACAGGCUCGCACUGAAUCGCUGACAUUCCAUGAACAGCAACUUUGUUCCCUGGUAAAAUUGUAUAUUGGUAACAUGUUCAAGUGUCGGUUGUUAAACUAUGUACCGAUGGUGUUUUGUAAAGUAAACAAUGUUGAGAGAACUGGGUUGUGUUACUCUUCCGUGGCAUUGUGCAAAAAUGUCUUAGCUACAAGCAGUUUGUCCUCCGUAACCAUCCUCUCCCACAAAUGCAUUUCUUUUCAGUGUUAUCCAGAUGUGUAGUGUGACGGUAGUUUUAUUUUUGAGUGUUGAAAAACCUCAUCAAUAUUUACAAAAAAAUGUAUCAAUCCACUAUGGGAUGAAGGCCUUCCUAUGCUGCCAGUUGUGAACGUCGUUUGACCAUACUUCACCUUGCUGGUCAUUGUAGGUUGAAGUCGGGGACCCAGGGUCUGUUCACAUAUCACUUGCCACUGAGUUUCGCCAAGGCCAGGAAUAGAACUUUGGUCCCUGGGUUGAAAGUGCUUUGCACUCAUCGCUGCGACACUGCUGUAUUCUAUUAAAUUCAUUGAUAAUCUAUAAAUAAUGACACAAUUUUUCUAGUUAUAUGAAUUUGUGUAAUUGCAUUAACAUUUUUUUGGAAACAAUUUGAAAGAUUUUACAUUAUUGCAUUGUUUAUUGUCAUGGCUUAGAAAUGUUCCUGCAGUGCCACAAUGAUUUCAUGCAUUCCUGUAGAUGUAUUACAAUAAACUAUAUAAUUGUC